CGGGGAUUUCCACAAAGCUUGAUGCGAUUGGGGGCAGAUAAAUAUGUACAGUGGGCAGCCCUUUCCCACCUGGGCAUGCGGUUCGCUUUGUUUCGGCCAACUCCGUCGUCACCAGAUUGACAAGUCUUGACUGCACGCCAGGUCACUCCACAAUAUUAGUUCAGGCCGCGAACACUAUACAAGAACCGCUCCUUUGCCCCUACUCCCCUUCUCAACUCCCCUGGACAAACACAUAGCACAACCGCCACCUGCAGAACAGAGACAGCCCACAGACAUGACCAAGGAUAUCAAAGAGUUGGCGAGCGAGUGGCUGGAGCUGGACGAGGACGAGACAACGACUGACGAGAUCUACAAGCUUUUGGUCAACGGCGACCACGAUGAGCUUGAAAGGAGACUCCGACACCGCAUUGCUUUUGGUACUGCUGGGCUCAGAGGACCAAUGCAGGGCGGCUUCGCUUGCAUGAACUCCCUAACAGUCAUCCAAGCCUCGCAAGGACUGGCUGCAUACCUCUUGAAGACUGAGGAAAAUGUAAAGAAGAGGGGUGUGGUCAUUGGUCGGGAUGCGCGACACAACUCUGAGAAAUUCGCCAAGCUCACGGCUGCCGCGUUCGUGGCAAAGGGUAUCAAGGUGUGGUGGUAUGAAGAGCCUAGUCAUACGCCCAUGGUUCCUUUUGGUGUGCGCGAGCUUGAAGCUGCCGCUGGUAUCAUGAUUACUGCAAGCCAUAACCCGGCCAACGACAACGGCUACAAGGUGUACUGGUCAAAUGGUUGCCAGAUCAUCCCUCCACACGAUAGUGGCAUUGCACAGUCUAUCUUGGAGAACCUCAAGCCUGUCACUUGGGACACUUCGGUGGUGGAAAGCUCCCUUUUGGUCGAGGGAAGCCUAGGGCUAGUGCAGGACACAUACCACAAGGCCAUUCUCUAUGUAGCACAGCCUGAGCAUGCUCAAGUCAAGAUGGAUCCAGAGCUCAAAUUCGUAUAUACCCCCAUGCACGGUGUGGGACUUCCCGCAAUGCAGCGAUGUGCUCAAACUCUUGGAGUCACUUCCCAGAUGAGCAUUGUCGAGGCUCAAGCACAACCCGACCCAGACUUCCCAACGGUGGAAUUUCCCAAUCCAGAAGAAAAGGGAGCGCUCGAUCUGGCAAUCGAAACUGCAGAAAAGUCGUCGACACGCCUCAUUCUCGCUAGCGACCCUGAUGCGGACCGACUUGCGGCAGCGGAGAAGGUGGGUGAUAAAUGGCACAUCUUCACGGGUAACCAGCUUGGAAUACUGCUUGGCUCUUACCUCUUCGAGCGCUAUCCCACCUCGAAGCCGCGAGAGAAGCUUGCCAUGUUGGCAUCCACAGUCAGUUCCCGGAUGCUUGCUGCGCUCGCCAAAAAGGAAGGCUUCCACUUCACAGAGACCUUGACUGGGUUCAAGUGGCUCGGCAAUGUAGCGCGACAGCUCGAGAGCAAGGGCUACGACGUUGCGUAUGCCUUUGAAGAAGCUCUGGGCUACAUGAUCCCACAAACUGUACACGACAAGGACUCGAUCAGUGCUGCAGCAGUUUUCCUCACAGCCGCGUCACAGUGGUCGUCACAAGGGCUUACGCCCUAUACCAAGCUGCAGCAACUCUACGAGUAUCUCGGCUAUUUCGAAGACGCCAACACCUACCUCGUGUCACCAUCACCGUCGGUGACUACAUCAGUAUUUACGGCCAUCCGCGCACUUGGCAGCCCAUACCCAGCUACUAUCGGAACGCGGAGGAUUGUGCGUUGGCGCGAUCUGACACUAGGCUAUGACUCAAAGAGUGAGGAUCACAAGCCUGAUCUGCCUAUCGACCCGACCGCCCAGAUGAUCACCUGCGAACUAGAUGAUGGGGCCAUCUUUACCGUCCGAGGCAGCGGGACGGAACCGAAGAUUAAGCUUUACAUUGAGUGCCAGGGCAAGAGUAGUGAGGAGGCCAAGCAGGGUGCUGAUGGCAUCUUGGAGGAUCUGCUGAGAGAGUGGUUCAAGCCCGAGGAGAAUGGUCUCUGGCUGGCGUAAAAGAUGAGGAUGCGUAGAUAUGUGGGUAUCUUUGAGUCCAUCGCAUACUCUGAUUAGGGUUUUCUUCUUCUCUUAUACACGAGCUCCUCUUACCACCAGACCUGAGAAGAAUGGUAGUAUUUGUCCGCCGCGGUUAGUAGGCGUCCAUCUCCUUAAAUCAGACAGCCGAAAUACUUGGACAUUGAGUAUUAAAGUCGGAAUAUAUAAGAUUCUUAUUUACGGCAUGACCAGUCUAC